AUGGUCGCAUCACUGUUCGGAUGCAGCUCAUUGCCUCUACUCCGUUUUGACGUGCCGCCUCCGCAUUCAUUCGGUGAUCGUUGCCCGAUAACAUUCACUGUCACCCUGUCCGUGAAACAGCCGGUCAUCGUUAGCCUGAGCCUUCUGACCGCUGACUACCAGCAGGCGCACCGGCUCCAGAUCACACCGCAGCAGACCAUCAGUUUCGCCGAAAGUACCACGCACAAGUUUGAAGAUUUAUACAUCGAGGAUCCAGCGCAGUCGGACGAGAACCAGUCCACAGCGCUGGCCGGAGCAAAUUUGCAGAGUGAAGACACGGGACUAAAAGGGAGCUGCAACAAGGACGAAAGUGUCCGAAUAAUGGUUGAGGCAGCAACCGCCUCCUCGUCCUCAGUAAUCGUCUCGGAUGUGAUGUAUCGCGAUAACACACCGAUUGAGGUGGUUCAAUUAAGUCAUAGUGCCGUGAAGAACAAAAAAGAGGUUGUGUGGUUGCUGUUGAACAAAUCACUGAGUGAUGCCAGCAUAUUCGUGGAUAUUGGUAAUCGAAUGUUACCAGCCGAGCGACUCAAAGUGUAUGAUAAGCUGAUUAUAUUUUCGUUGCCAGUUGUUGUCAUUCCGGAGAAGACCGAUGAAGCACCCGCACUGACAGAUAGCUUCAAAAUAUUCCUGAGAAGCGGCUCUCAGCAGCUGGAACUCCCUCUGCAGUUGCAUAUCAGUGAAGCGGGUGAUGGAUCGAGGAAAUUCGUUACGGACGUUCCGGAUGCAGCAGCCCAGAUCGCGUCACUGUUCGAAUUUGCAACAGAAGGCGAACCGCUGGCAUUAAUGAAGCCACUCGUUCCAUUCCUAGCUGCAUCCGACAACGACGGUUGCAAUGCUUUACACCUGGCAGCACGCAACAAACAAAAUUUCGCAUUGAAGACAAUGCUGUCUGCACUACGUGAGUGCAACAGCAAUGCCGAUCCUCAAAAAGUCAUCGAUGCGGUAAAUGCGCGCGGACAAACGCCACUGCACUGUGCGGUACGUGCCGGUGAUCCAGACUGUGUCCAUUAUCUGCUCAGUGCUGGCGCCAGCAGGAACGCGGUGGACAACAACCUGGACACUGUUGCUCAUUAUCUUGGCGAUGUUUACAAUGAUGCAAUUUACAAAGAGAUAUUGGAGACGGGUAACAAUGAGGAAACUGAAAGCAGUACCAGUGAACAUACUGGUAAUCAUUUAGCCAAAAAGAAUAGCGAAGGUUACACGCCAGCUCAUGUGGCUGUUAAGAAGCUUAAAUUGAGCCUUUUGGAAGCACUGAUUGAAGCGGGCGCACCUCUGGAUGUACCGGAUCAUGAUGGCGAAACUCCGCUGCUAACAGCUCUCAAUAUGGAUGAUACGGAUGCUGCUACGUUACUUGCUCAGCAUGGCUGUGACGUUAACGUGGUGUCGCAGAAUGGCGAUACACCGCUCAAAGUUGCAUGCAGGACGAAAAACCUGACGAUGAUCGGACGUCUGAUAGAUGCUGGAUCACGACUCGAAUCUUUAGGAGCAGGUGAAGGACGACCUGCGGAGGCCGAUGAUGACGAUGUGCAGCGCAUCCUGAAUGGUGAGCGUGUCGAGCCAGCAGCUGGAGCGCAUGCAUCCCGUGCAGCGGAUGAAGAGAAGGAGUGCAGCGAGCCGGAACGUGACGAGGACUCGACCAGCAGCGAACUGACAAGCAACGAUGCUUCGACAAGCUAUCGCCUCCGGUCGCUGAUUAAAGGUGCAACAUUGUUUUUUCGCUUGCAAAAAGUUAGCAAAGCUGAGGCUUUUUCGACUCUGGAACGUGGUUUGCCAACUACAGAUGAUGUGUCCUGUCUGGAUUAUUUGACAAGACUCCGGCUAUCCAAGCUACUCGACGUUGAGGACAAAUGGACGGUGCUAGCGGAUCACCUGGGCUGUGGGCACAUGGUGGAGUUUAUACGAGUCUGCCUCGAUGAAACUUCUUCGCCAACUAUGAUGCUUCUCGAUCAGUAUGAGCAAAUUCCAAAUGCAAACUUAUCAACAGUGACGCAAUCUCUGGAAGACAUGGGUGAAAUGCUUGGAGUACGCUUGAUACGAGCCGGAAACGAGCAACAAUAA